GGUCAUAGGUCAAGUUCGAAGUUCACGGUCAAAAAAAGAUGGCGUGUUUGCAAACUAUGCUUACUUCUCGACUGCUAGUGUUAGGAAAAUACACUGUUCGAAGAUAUGUGGCAAGACAACUCUUUACAGAUGACGUCGCCCCUUUAGGAACCAAAGUUGAUACCAGAUCAGCAGAAUUUCAGGAGAAUCACCAGCGAAUGCAGUUACUAGUACAGGAAUUAAAAUUGACAGUGUCCAAAAUAUUGCAAGGAGGAGGUGAGAAGGCACGUGAGCGACAUACAACAAGGAAAAAAAUGUUGCCAAGAGACAGGAUAAACACUUUGCUGGACCCUCAAUCACCAUUUCUGGAGCUCAGUCAGCUAGCAGGCCAUCAGCUGUAUGGAAAGGAAGAAGUGCCAGCUGGGGGCAUCAUUACAGGAAUUGGUCGUGUGGCUGGGUGUGCGUGUAUGAUAGUAGCUAAUGACCCGACAGUCAAAGGAGGCAGUUACUAUCCCAUUACUGUGAAAAAACACAUCAGAGCACAAGAAAUUGCUCAAGAGAACAACUUGCCAUGUGUUUACCUUGUGGACUCAGGAGGGGCUAACUUGCCACGGCAAGCAGAAGUUUUUCCAGAUCGAGAUCAUUUUGGUCGCAUAUUUUAUAACCAAGCCAACAUGUCAGCUCAAGGAAUUGCUCAGAUUGCUGUGGUGCUGGGCAGCUGCACGGCAGGAGGGGCUUAUAUUCCAGCCAUGGCUGAUGAGAGCAUUAUUGUGCACAAACAAGGCACCAUUUUCCUUGGUGGACCUCCUCUGGUAAAGGCUGCCACUGGAGAGGAAGUGUCUGGAGAGGACCUAGGGGGUGCAGACCUGCAUUGUAGAAAGUCAGGAGUCACUGACUACUAUGCACAAACAGAUGAACAUGCUCUGUACUUGGCACGUCGAGUGGUGCACAACUUGAACCGCAUCAAAGACCAUGGGGUGAGGGUGGAGACACCAGAAGAACCCUUGUACCCAGCAGACGAAAUCUAUGGAAUUGUGGGAGAUAACCUUAAAAAAGCAUUUGACGUGAGAGAGGUGAUAGCCCGUAUAGUUGAUGGUAGUCGCUUUGAUGAGUUCAAAUCCAUGUAUGGAGAAACACUGAUCACAGGUUUUGCAAGACUGUGGGGUUAUCCUGUUGGCAUCAUUGGUAACAAUGGUGUCUUGUUCUCUGAAUCAGCAAUGAAGGGCACCCACUUCAUUGAACUGUGUUGUCAGCGAAAUAUACCACUCAUCUUUCUGCAAAACAUCACUGGUUUCAUGGUUGGUCGUGAGGCAGAGGCCGGUGGUAUUGCCAAGCAUGGAGCAAAGAUGGUUACAGCAGUUGCCUGUGCAGAGGUGCCAAAGUUUACUGUCAUUAUUGGAGGCUCCUAUGGUGCUGGCAACUAUGGCAUGUGUGGUCGUGCUUAUGGUCCACGUUUCCUGUAUAUGUGGCCUAAUGCAAGGAUCUCUGUCAUGGGAGGAGAGCAAGCUGCCAACGUUUUGGCACAGAUACAACGUGAUCAACGUGCACGGGAGGGAAAAGAGUGGACUCAGUCAGAGGAGAAAGCACUGAAGGAACCAGUAAUGCUGAAGUAUGAGCAGGAGGGUAGUCCUUACUUCUCUAGCGCCAGGCUGUGGGACGAUGGCGUAAUUGAUCCAGUCAACACUCGCACAGUGUUGGGACUGAGUCUGAGUGCGGCACUCAAUGCACCUGCAAAAAAGACACGUUUUGGUGUAUUUAGAAUGUGAUAUUUAAAUACAAGGAAACUGGAUGUUCUAGAGCUGGACUCAAAGUUAUAAAAAUAAAAGGGUUAAAAAUUAUUUAUAAUCAUGUGUAUUAUAGUUGCUGAAGUUAUUUUUUUAUUAAAACUCAUCUGGCAGUUUACUGACAAGCAAGAGGAACGUAUGUAGUAUGCUAGUCUUGCAGUACUGUUUUGACUUCUUUCAGGCAGCUAUAUGAUUUAUAGUAUGAAUAUAAAUCAACUUUGAUACAGUGUUCUGUUUUAGAUAAAGAAAAGGAUGCACAACAAAGUGUGGGUAUAUUUAGUUCUGUUUACAUGUACUUUGCAUAAAGCAUGGACCAAGUUCAGUAAAAGUUAAUCACAUGUUC